CACCCUCGCCCCAGGCCGGCGCUCAGGGCGCGGAGCUGAGGGGAGCUCGCGAGCCGCCUUCUGUUUACCUUUUAUGGUUAAAAUAACAGCUUAGCAAAGAAGCGACUUCACGAAGAAGCGAUUUAGUGAAAUCGUCUCAAGCUGCCGCGGCACAGCCAGUUUAAUCGCCCCCAGAGAGCUGAACAACUGCGAGCACAAUGGGACACAAAAUCAUUUUGUGUGUAAAUGAGCGUGGCAUUCUGCUCGCUUCCCUCUGCUCGGAAGGGCGGGGCUCGGUGGCGGGUGGGCGCACGGCCCGGGUCUCCCGCCGCCGCAGCUUAGAGAAACCGGUCAACACCUAGCCUGUUUUGGAAACCCGCAGGCCCUCGCGCGCACUGCAGCCGAGGCCCCGGCAACAGGCGGUUUGGCCCCGCCUCGGGAGGCCGGGAAGCUCCAGGUCGUGGGUUUGGAUGCUCGUGUUGGUGGCAUGAACUUGUGUCUCUUACUGCGCCCACUUUUAUGCUUCUGACCUCAACAGCGGUCUCAGGAAAAGGUCGUUGUCCAGCACCAAUGGAUUUGUCGGACGGAGCUCUGGAGGUUCGGGUCAAGGCGUAAAGCCUGGGGCUUCCAAUGGUACUCUGGGCAGCGAUGGAAGCCUAGAUGCCUCACCGCAAGGAGCGGCCGAGUGGGUCCUCGCUUCAUGCACACAGCAGUGCCGGCGCCACGGAGGGAGGAAGCAUGUCCCGGUUGUCUCUCACCCGGUCGCCUGUGUCUCCCCUGGCCGCCCAGGGGAUUCCACUGCCAGCCCAGCUCACCAAGUCUAACGCGCCUGUGCACAUUGAUGUGGGCGGCCACAUGUACACCAGCAGCCUGGCCACACUCACCAAAUACCCUGACUCCAGAAUAAGCCGCCUUUUCAAUGGCACGGAACCCAUUGUCCUGGACAGCUUGAAGCAACAUUAUUUCAUCGACCGGGACGGGGAGAUCUUCCGCUACAUCCUGAGCUUCCUGCGGACGUCAAAACUGCUGCUGCCGGACGACUUCAAGGACUUCAGCCUGCUGUACGAGGAGGCGCGCUACUACCAGCUGCAGCCCAUGGUGCGGGAGCUGGAGCGCUGGCAGCAGGAGCAAGAGCAGCGGCGCCGCAGCCGGGCCUGCGACUGCCUGGUGGUGCGGGUGACGCCGGACCUGGGCGAGCGGAUCGCACUCAGCGGCGAGAAGGCCCUCAUUGAGGAGGUCUUCCCCGAGACCGGGGACGUCAUGUGCAACUCCGUCAACGCCGGCUGGAACCAGGACCCCACGCAUGUCAUUCGCUUCCCACUCAACGGCUAUUGCCGGCUCAACUCGGUGCAGGUCUUGGAGAGGCUGUUCCAGAAGGGGUUCAGCAUGGCCGCCUCCUGUGGGGGUGGUGUGGACUCUUCCCAGUUCAGCGAGUAUGUGCUGUGCCGUGAGGAGCGGCGGCCGCAGCCCACUCCCACUACCAUCCGGAUAAAGCAGGAGCCCUUGGACUAGGCCCUUCCUCAGUGCCCGCCUGAGACACCUGGGGACCUGGAAACAGUGCUGAGGAGUUCUGUGUGUGAGCUCAGUGGCAAGCAAGAGACUGAGGGCCCUGAGUGUCACAGCAACAGAAGGCCAGAUCUGGAGGCCAGCCCAUCCAAAGAGACCACAGCAGGACUCCACUGUCUGCCCUCCUGGCCCCUGGGGCUCCCGGCCCAGGCGAUGUCCCCAGGGGCGCUGGGCCGACUGAGGCGGGGUCAGCAGAGGCUCUGCCGUCCCAAUCCAGAGGAGCUGCUCACCCAUCUCCGCGCGUGUCUGACUCUGGUGGGUUUCCUCACGUCAGAAAUGGCUUAUUUUUCUACAGUAUUUAAAAUGGAGGUGACAGUAUCUGCACACAUCAGAGAGGCCCCCGAGGACCAAUGCUUCUUUCCCUGGUGCUCAGUUCUCAGACAUGCGGUGUGCCCAUGCGUUGGGGGGCAUCCUGGGCGCUGGGGCCCAGACCCAUAAUGAGCUGGGCUUUGUCAUUCUUGUCCGUGUGCAGGGACAGAAUGGGACGGCAGCACGGCAGGGGUGGUGGGAAGCAGGAGGGAGGAGGGUGGUGCAGGGGUGGAGCUGGAUGGAUCUGUAGCCACCUGAGGUUCUUCGCUUUUGCUGCCACCCGGGGCUCAGGCCCCAGCUGUUUGGGUCACCUGACCAUCUCCUAGUGCCAGGGGCUUCCAGUCCUGUGUGUGUGCUCAUGCUUGGGUUCCAUGUCCCGGUCCACCGGAGGGCCACACCACACUCUUACCUCAGGAAUGGGCCCCAGGGUAAAGGGGCCUGUCUGUCAGCAUCAUCCUUUGGGUCCCAGCUCAGGAAGCCGUCCCUAGCUCUGUUUUUCCCACAUGAAUUAUGCACACUGAAUUUUAAUUGAACUGUUGUCAUGCUAGCCUGCCAAUAAGGCCUGGACACAGGCUCUGGACCCCUGAUCCCAAUGAGGACUGGACCCCCAAGGGGUCCUGACAGACCUGCUGCCUCACCCCUGGCCUUGUCACGCGUCCCCUCAUGCUGGCUUUUCCUUGGGAGGAGCAACAGGAGCGGACUGCUUGGUGGGCGGGGCACCCCAGCAGGCACAGCCCUGUGUACAAUGCCUGUAGACCUGUAUAUGAUUCCUUUAAUAUUGUAAAGAUGCUGAUGUACAAUUGUCGCGUG